CUCCGCCCUCUGGACAUGCCCCCUGCCCGCCCCGCGGCGCAUUGUGGGAUCUGCAGGCCGGCUGCGCGGUGGAGGUCGCGGUUCUCCAUCAUGGGGUUCCAGCCUAGUGCAGUCCUGCUGGCUUCCCUGGGGGUGGGGCUGCUGAGUCUGCUUGGCCUAGCUCUGGGCUACCUCCUGCGGACAUCCCGCCGGCCGCUGGUCACGCUCCUGGACCCCAAUGAAAAGUACCUGCUGCGACUGUUAGAUAAAACGACCGUGAACCACAACACUAAGAAGUUCCGCUUUGCCCUGCCCACCGCCCACCACGUUCUGGGGCUGCCUGUGGGCAAACAUGUCUACCUCUCUGCCCGCAUCGAUGGCAGUCUUGUCAUCAGGCCCUACACUCCCAUCACCAGGGAUGAGGACCAAGGCUACGUGGAUCUUGUCAUCAAGGUCUACCUGAAGGGCGUGCACCCCAAAUUUCCUGAGGGAGGAAAGAUGUCUCAGUACCUGAAUAGCCUGAAGCUUGGGGAUGUGGUGGAGUUUCGAGGGCCCAGUGGGUUGCUCACUUACACCGGGAAAGGAAAGUUCAGCAAUCAGCCCAACAAGAAAUCUCCGCCGGAACCCCGAGUGGCCAGGAAACUGGGAAUGAUUGCCAGAGGCACAGGGAUCACCCCGAUGCUGCAACUGAUUUGGGCCAUCCUGAAAGACCCAGAAGAUCCAACCCAGUGCUUUCUGCUUUUUGCCAACCAGACCGAAAAGGACAUAAUCUUACGGGAGGACUUGGAGGAGCUGCAGGCACGACACCCCAGUCAGUUUAAGCUCUGGUUCACUCUGGAUCAGCCCCCAGAAGAUUGGACCUACAGCAAGGGUUUUGUGUCUGCCGACAUGAUCCGGGAGCACCUGCCUGCCCCAGCAGAGGAUGUGUUGCUGCUGCUGUGUGGGCCACCCCCCAUGGUGCAGCUGGCCUGCCACCCCAACCUAGACAAACUGGGCUACUCGCAGAAGAUGCGCUUCACCUACUGAACUCCGCGUGUGUGGCUGAAGUGGAGCAGACUUGCAGAGAAAAUCUUCUCAAGAUCACAGGAAAGGAGGAAAUGGCUUCAUUCAGACCUCGGAGAAAGGAAUCUAAACUCUGUAUUUGCGUGUCUGUCUCCCUCUGCCCCUCUGGUAGAAAGGGGCCACCUACAGUCUAAGACUGCUGCUGGGGCAAAAACCUCUGCUUAUGCUAAUAAAUGGGGCUAAGGUCCCUGUGUUAACACCUAA